GCCCAUAUUUCUCCAUCUCUCUUUCGUCGCUUUUCUCCAGUCCUCUCUCAGCCCCCUACUGCUCGAAAUCCAGCAGCGACGGCCGGCGCAUCUCACCCUGGGCCGACGCCGACGAAUUCCGAAGGGAACCGGAGAUGCAGCAGGGCGAUGGCACGGAGGCGCAGGUGACGUGGGAUGACCAGCAGAACAUCAACCGGUUCGGCCGCCUCAACAACCGCCUCCACGAGCUCGCCGACGAGAUCAGGCUCGCCAAGGAAGCAAAUGAAAACCUUGAGGAUGCGGGGAAUGAACUCAUCUUGUCUGAUGAAGAUGUGGUGCGUUUCCAAAUUGGGGAAGUGUUUGCCCACAUGCCAGUGGACGAUGUGGAAACUAGGCUAGAGCAGAUGAAAGAGGAUGCGGCUAAGAAGUUAGAGAAGCUGGAGGAAGAGAAGGAAUCCAUCCUUGCCCAGAUGGCCGAACUGAAGAAGAUCCUCUACGGGAAAUUUGGAGAGGCCAUCAACCUGGAGGAAGAUUGAUGUCGAGAACCGGAGCUGCCUUUUUAGGUGUCAGGUCGUAUGACACCUGUUCUUGUUCAGGUGCUUUGUUCUUCUCGCUACAUUGUUUCUCGUGAUGAUUGUUCCCCAUUAUGCAUUGGCAUGGUUGAUCUCGGUUGGACUAUAGAUUGGGGCUGGUUGUCCAGCAGAAGCCUGGGGAGAGUAGACGUAAAUGGGCACUUGAGAAACCAAUGAGGGGAUGUUUACAAUGUUUUAAGCUAGUGAGUAUGGUUUGAACCUGCAUGAUUGUAUUACAUGAAGUCAUUAGGCUUUACAUGUAAUUUUCUUCA